AUGGUCAGCGAGCAAACGCCGGUGGCGACCGCCGAGGCGGAGCUGGUGAGCAGCGCCGCGGUGCCCGUCAAACCCGAGGAGGCCGCGGCCAAGGCGCAGCCGGAGGACGAUGCUCCCAUCGUCGAGGACGCCAAGGAUGAUGACGACGGCGAUGAAGACGACGAUGACGAUGGUGAUGAGGAUGACGGUGAGCACGGUGCAGUUGUAAAUAAAGGCUCCAAGCAGAGCAGGAGCGAGAAGAAGAGCCGCAAGGCCAUGAUGAAGCUCGGAAUGAAACCCGUCACGGGAGUCAGCAGGAUUACCAUCAAGAGAGCCAAGAAUGUAAGAAACUGUACAACUGCUGCAAACAAUUGUACGAGACAGGGAUAG